AUGAAUUGUUUAUCAAUUAAUAUUAGGCGAUUUGGGGGAAAUGGAAAAUGUGGGUGGAUUAAGGGUAUUAAAAACAAAGAAGGGAUAAUUUUUAUUUCGUUUCAAGAAACCCAAUGCUCGGGGUUGUCUGAAGCUUAUUUUAGGAGUUUUUGGGGUAGCCAGGAUAUGGAGUGGGAUAUUGUUGAACCUACUGGCAGGUCUGGUGGACUUGCUUGUGUGUGGGACCCAGGCGUGUUCACUAAAAUAAGUAGUUUCAAGCAUUCCAAUUUUCUGCUAAUUAAAGGGAAGUUUAAGGGUAGGGGAGAUGUGGUGAAUGUGAUUAAUGUCUAUGCUCCCCAAAGAUUGCGCGAUAAAAAAUCUUUAUGGGAAAAAUUAUUGGAGUUAAGAAAUGCGGACGGAGAUUUAUGGUUAUUCAUGGGAGAUUUUAAUGCGGUUAGGAUUCCGGAAGAUAGAUUGGGUUCUAUAUUUAAUCCGGUAUGUGCACGUGCUUUUAAUAAUUUUAUUUGUGAGGCGAACUUACAUGAAUAUGAGAUGAAAGGAGGUAGGUUCACAUUUUUUAAGGAAGAAAACGGAAUAAGGAAAUUAAGUAAAAUCGAUAGGGUGUUGGUGGGUAACGAGUUCUUUGAUAAAUGGCCUAUGGCAUGUCUCAGAGUGCUCCCUAGACUAUUCUCAGAUCACUGCCCAUUACUCUUGGCAUUCAAAGAGGUGGAUUUCGGUCCUAAACCUUUUCGAGUCUAUAACUCUUGGUUGGAUAGAAACGAUUACGUUGAGGUGGUCUCCAAGGCUUGGAACGAAGCAGUGGUUUUUGGUGCUGCUGAUACCAGAAUCAUGCUCAGACUGAAACAUGUAAGAGAACAACUUAAAGUUUGGAGGGACGAGUUUCGUAAUAAAGAAGAUGAAGAAAGAACAAUGUGUAAAGCAGAAUUAGAAGAGAUGGAUGCUAUUAUGGAAGAGAAGGAUUUAAACGGCGAAGAAAGAUGGAUACGUUCUGAAUGUUAUAGAAGAAUUCUGGAAUUGGAAGAUUCAAAAGCCAAGGAUCUUAAACAAAAGUCUCGUAUUAAAUGGGCAAUCGACGGAGAUGAAAACUCAAGAUUCUUUCAUGGGUUUAUCAAUAAGAGAAAGUCUAUUAAUUCCAUUCCGAACCUCGUUAUUAAUGGGGCUUGGGAAGAUAAGCCAAAGCUGAUCAAAAAACAAAUUUUUGGUUUUUUCCGUGACAAAUUUCGAGAAGAAUGGGUCGACAGACCAAAACUGAUGGAUUAG